AUGGAGGUCUUCUGUCGAAACGUGCCUACCCAGCUCAAGCCACGACACUUGAAGCAGGAGUUGAGACCAAUCCUGGCUGAGCUUGACAUCGUCGCUUUCGAUUGUCGAGUACACGCGGCUAGACAUGCUACCAUCACCAUUGCAGAUAUCUCGAAGGCGCACCUACUGCUUGCUCGAUAUCCUCGCGUGCCAAAGGGACAGCGCGUUCCCGAAAAUCAACGGCUGAAGAUUCGCGGCACGAUCAUCUACAUUGAAGAAGGCAGGAACCAACCGGACCCGUUCCUUAUAUCGUCGCUUGUGGACGAAGAAGUGCAACGCCGCAGUCAACCACGUCGACCGAUUGUUAGCAACGAUGUCGAAUCCCGAGGGCCUAAGAAGUUUCCUAUUUUCACGUUAUCUUGUGGUACAUUUGACUUUAGAGAUACCAAGCCAGUCUUCAUUGACCAAUUCACCUUGUCAGCGAUGGGAACCAUUCACUUUGGUUCAAACAAAUUGACAAUCACCAUAUCUCAUCCUGAGGAUGGCCAGAAGAACUUGAAGAUCGAGUCCGAAUACUGGUCGAUAUAUGAUGCAGUCUACGUGAGCAACCACGGGAAUCUGACAGUGACCUUUGGAUGUAACUAUGCUCCCCGUUUAUUUGAAGCGCCCGUCAAGCAUACACAACAGGCGACACUGGCUGCUUUUAUGAGAGAUCCACGUGAGGAGAAGAAGACGAGGAUCGGCUUUCUCAACCCAUCUCACAAAUAUGUGGUCUCUUCUUGUUUCGUGUAUCGUGUCACCUUGACGAACCAGAACGACUUUUUCAACAUCUCGCGCCUUUCGCACAAUCCCAAUAUGCCCAGGCUAGUAAAUUGGCGCGAGAUGAGAUUUCCUGCAUAUGCGCCCUUCACUACACAAUUGAUCACCUUUUUAACUGUGCUCCGCCGGUGGAACUUUCCAUUUGUUGUGCAAUUUCAGCUUCAAAUGUUGCUAUCCAACGGAGAAUUGUCUCCGGAGAAAGUAGUAGAUCUUUUUCCUUAUGUGAAAAAGCUUCUCACCAGAAAGAGGUCUCUGGUGGUCGCCAAGAUCUUAAAGGGGCUUCCGAGAAGGCUACACCACCCAGACCCUCAUGCUGACAGUGAUGAUGUGAGUCUGGACAGCAUUACCAAGACACUUGACGAGAUUGAGGAAAUGCAAGAACAUGAGUAUUUGCAACCGGGACAGCCCGGGUAUCUACAUCAUAAUCAGAUGGAGAUACACAGACUCAGCGUUACACCUACGGGCCUCUAUCUUGAUGGCCCCAACGUGGAAGCUGAGAAUCGCGUGCUUAGGAGAUAUCAUUCCCAGAGCGACUACUUCAUACGGGUUCGAUUUAUUGAGGAAUCAGGGGACCCCCUGAUGUAUGACAUCAGCUCAAACUUGGAUCCCAUUUUCAACCGGUUCCGCGAGAUUAUGAGAGAUGGGGUGAUUAUCGCUGAUCGCCACUAUAAAUUCCUCGGAUUCUCCCAUUCCUCAUUGAGAUCACGCAGUUGUUGGUUCAUGGCAGAAUUUCAUGACUCCGCUACUGGAGAGCUCAUGACUGCGGGUAGACUCAUCUCGCGAUUGGGAGAUUUUAGCCACAUUAGAUCCCCCUCAAAGUUCGCGGCACGAUUAGGUCAAACUUUUUCGGAUACGUUGACCUCCGUUUCUGUCGACAAAGAUAUGGUAAAAAUGAUCAAUGAAGUUGAACGGAACGGGAGGGUUUUUAGCGAUGGCUGUGGUACGAUCUCGAAAGAGAUUUUGUGGAGGAUACAUCGCUACUAUCCACGCAACGCUGUAGUUCGCCCUACGGUCUUUCAAGUCCGAAUAUCAGGUGCCAAAGGAAUGCUCUCCUUGGAUACCACACUAGAGGGGCCUACAAUUUGCCUUCGGAAAUCAAUGGUCAAAUUCCGUGCAGAAACAGAUCAUAACAUCGAAGUUUGCGGUGCUGGCAUUCAUAGCUUGCCUUGCUACUUGAAUGCGCCGCUGAUCAAGAUUCUUGAGGAUCUGGGAGCACCCUGUGACCUUUUUCUUGAAUUACAAAGAGAAGAGGUGGAGUCUCUCCGCCAAGCAGUACGUUCACCACAACAGGCGGCUAUGUUUCUAGAUCAAACGCAUAUUGCAAAAUCAACGCGACUAUCCUGGUUAAUCACGCUGCUGCAAUCCAUAGGAAUCAACUACAACCAAGAUCGCUUCCUGAAAAGAGCAGUGGAGCUAGUGAUCCUCAUGAAGCUGAGGGACCUGAAAUACAAAGCAAGGAUCCUCGUCCCCGAGGCAGUCACAUUGUACGGUAUCAUGGAUGAGACUGGCUAUCUGAAGGAAGGCGAAAUUUUUGUGCCAAUCCUAAACGAAGAGACUAAGAGACGAGAUAUUCUUGUUCAAGAGAAUGUGCUCAUCACGCGAUCUCCUGCAUUUCAUCCAGGGGAUGUCCAGCUUGUUAAUGCUGUUAACGUACCGGACGAUUCCCCACUACGCAAAUUACACAAUUGUGUCGUUUUCAGUCAGAAAGGCGCUAGGGACCUCCCUAGUCAGCUUAGCGGGGGCGAUCUAGAUGGUGAUAUCUUCAAUAUUAUUUACGACACACGUUUUAUACUACAGCGACUGGCUUUGCCUGCUGACUAUCCUCGGGUGCUCGGCACGGAGUUGAAUAGGCCAGUGCAAAUUGAGGAUAUUCAAGAUUUCUUCAUCACAUUUAUGCAACAAGAUCAUUUAGGUCGUAUAGCUAUUACACACAAGAUCCUUGCGGAUCAGCAAGCGGAAGGCACUUUCGAUCCAAAUUGUCUGACUCUGGCCCAAUUACAUUCGACCGCCGUCGACUUCUCGAAGACAGGAACGCCAGUCAACAUUAAGGAAAUACCCAAAUAUCCUCCAUGUCGACCAGAUUUCAUGGCCCCAGGACCUCGUGUGCGCGUAGCUGACAGCAUAGAAGUCCUUGACAACGGUGAUGAGCACCAUUUGAACGAUGACGCCCAGACUAUCGUUGAUGAUGACGACGAUGUCCGUCCGCCGCUCCGUUACUACAAAAGUCGGCGUGUGUUGGGUGCGUUGUAUCGAACGAUCAACGAGAGAGACUUUGUCAACGAACUGGAAUGGGAUUCCUCGAAUCGACAAACGCAAACGAAAUCGGCGAAUGUUCUCGCUCUCGUAUGGAAGUAUGUUGAACGCGAGACUGCUGGAUUCUUGUGGGAUCAUUGUGUGAAGGAUGCCCACUAUAUCCGAGAUGUCUAUGAGGAACAUAUGCAAGAUCUCAUGUACCAGUAUUCGGACGCACCAUGGAAAUCUACACUGACCGAAGUGGAAGUCUUUAUCGGCAACAUCAUGGGCAAAAAUCACAAGCAAACCACCUACCAAAAAGAGUCAUCCAGGGCAAUGCGUGAUGCAUAUGAUGAUCUCGUCAAAUGGACCAUGUCCCUAAUUACCGGUCGUGGAACCGAAGAUGAAAGAGAAUCUCUGGAGCGCUCAAUUGCCUGUCUCUCGAUAGCCCUGGAGGACACACGUCAGAAGAGGUCUUCGGUGCUACCUAACCAGAAAAAGCUGGAUAGUUAUGUGUGGAUUGCGGCGGUGACCUGUUUGCUCGAGAUUGACAAGUUGCAGAGAAGUGCACCGUUUUAG